CCUCCACGACCAGAUAGCUUUGUAGCUAAAUGAUACGGAACCCGAAAACCCACACGAACAACGCAUUUAAUUUCAUUUGUUAGUAUUUAUUGAUACAUCAAACGACAUCAAUAAUCAACGUUUGUUUACGGAUAACACGCGUGGUAACGUACCUCUAUCGAGGAUAAAGUAGCUUUAAAUUGGUAUUUUUAACUGCACCAGAUUUAUGUGAGGACAAAGGCCUACACAUUGCUCGCUGCUUCCAAAGCAUGUAUCCCUCUUGGGGUAGUAACUAUGGUGGUGGUGGUGGUGGUGGUGGCGGCGGCGGCGGCCAUCAACCACCUUCGCAGCAGCACUUCGGUGCGCCGAGGGGUCAGUCUCCUCAAGGCGAAGGCUUCGGGGGAGGAUUCGGGGGAUAUGGAGCUGCUACACCCGCAGCUGCACCCGGGUCAACGUUCAACAGCCUGCGGGAGCAGCAUCUCCAGCAGAUGCAGCAGCUACAACAGCUCCACCAAAAACAGCUCCAAUCUGUGCUGCACCACGACAGGAACGUAAAUGAAAACCCCUAUGGCGGCAGCGGUGGUCCUACGGCCGAGUCGUGGCAAGGCAACUCGGGAUAUGGGUAUGGUUCAACGGGGACCGGUGCCCCUUCCUCAUACCAAGAAGAGUAUCAGUCCAUGCAAGGCCCUUCCCCGUAUCAAGAUGAGUAUCAGUCCAUGGAAACCGGGGCGCCAAGCCCACAACUUCAGCCACCGCAGCCCAAAGAGACCCAGCUUCCCCCAUCAGAGGAGAACCCACCCCCAUCAGAGGCGAACCCACAGGUACCCACUCAGAACAAUGGUACACCAGCGACUAAAGAGGACCAGCAGCAGUAUUGGUACAAGCAGCAUCUCCAGAACUUGCAGAGGCUGAAAGCAGAGAACAAACAGAGCCAGGGUGAUGGCUCAGCACCCCCACCUCCCAAACCCCAGCCCCACUCGGCGGCAGCCGCCCCUCCCCCUCCGACAGAACCACCCAAGAACGCCCCUCCACCACCACCUCCAAAAGAGGAGCCCCCACCACCACCUCCACCCGAUGACACAAAGCCUGCCCCCAUGACCCAGGACCCAGUAGAGGUGGCCCGGCUGAAGCAGCUCCAGAGUGCAGCGGCCCAGUGGCAGCAGGCCCAGCAGCAGAGAGCGGGCUACCAGUACCAAGCCCUGAUGCAGCACCAUGCUCAGCUACAGACCAUCCUCAACCAGUACCAGCAGUGUAUCCAACAACCUGCACAGCUAGAGACAAUGUCUAUGGCCAUGCAGCUGAGUCACUAUGAGACGCAGCAGAAGCAGUUUGGCCCGGUGUUUGAAGACUGGGGCCGCACCUUCAGCCAAUGGCAAGAGCAGUUCCAGUCCUACCCACAUAAAGACCAGCUACAGGACUACGAGUUACAGUGGAAACAGUGGCAGGAACAGAUGAACUCCACCUCAGCACACCUACAGGAGAGGGUGACCACCCUGCGAGCCAUGCAGCAGCAGUAUGGAGGCAGUGGUGGGCAAUAUGGCGCUGACCAAUACAGUAGUAGUGACCGGUAUGGUACUGGAGGGUAUGGGGACCAGUACAGCCAAUAUGGUCAGUACCCACACUCUGGACCGGACUCGCAGAUUCAACAAGGCCCCAUGGUGAGCCCGUCUAUGCCGUCCCAGCCAGGUAGCCAGCCCUCGUCCACCUCUGGACCCAUGUCCCAGGGCCCUCCUCCAGGGCAGCACGGCCUCUCCAAUGCCCAACGCGUGGGAACCUCCACAGGAGAACCGCAGCACGGCCUCUCCAAUGCCCAACGCGUGGGAACCUCCACAGGAGAACCGCAGCACGGCCUCUCCACCGGGGCACCAGGGCCCUCCACCAGGGCACCAGGGCAGCACGGCCCCUCCAACGCCCAACGCGUGGGAACCUCCACAGGAGAACCGCAGCACGGCCUCUCCAAUGCCCAACGUGUGGGAACCCCCACAGGAGAACCACACCACGGCCCUCCACCGGGGCACCAGGGCCCUCCACCGGGGCACCAGGGCCCUCCACCAGGGCACCAGGGUCCUCCACCCGGGCACCAGGGCCCUCCACCCGGGCACCAGGGCCCUCCACCCGGGCACCAGGGCCCUCCACCCGGGCACCAGGGCCCUCCACCCGGGCACCAGGGCCCUCCACCAGGGCACCAGGGCCCUCCACCCGGGCACCAGGGCCCUCCACCCGGGCACCAGGGCCCUCCACCAGGGCACCAGGGCCCUCAGUCAGAGCAGUACAACCUGUCUGGACCCCCUGGUAGAGGGGCAGGCCCAGGAGGGAGAGGGUUGGCCAGACCACCAGGUCCACAAGGAGGGCAGCCUCCGUCCUACCAAGGCCCCAGAGGAUCAAGGUUUGACGGUCCGAGAGGGAACGGCCCGCGGUUUGACCAGCAGCAGUCCGGUCAACAGCAGAGGUUCAACGCUCCACCGGGUCCCAGGUACAACCAGCAGCACCCAAGGUUUGAUCAGCUUGGCCCCAGAGGACCAGGGCCUCGGUUCGGACAGCAGGGACCCCACUUCGACCACCCCCCGAGACAGAGCCCCCCAGCUCGCUUUGAAAGGCCCCCUGGUCCCUCAGCACCUUAUAUAGGCCCACAGCCUAAACCAGACACGGGCAAAGACACCAAACUACCUCAGGGUAAGACUGAGAUGCCAGCAGGCUCCAAGCCUCCUGGUAUUAAACCUACUGGGCCAGCUAAACCAGUAGCAGUCAGUACAACUAAGCAAGGUGCAUUGGCAGAACCAGGGGAUAUGUCAGAGGACAUGUUGGAGUCCCUUGGGAGCUUCUUCGUCCAAAACGACCCCAUCCCUCAGACGAAAGCAGAGGCUGAUGCUGCUGCUGCUGCUGCUAGUAAGGACUCCAAAAAGGAAGAGGUGACCCUCCCUGCUGCUGCCGGUGCCAAGCACCCCCCUUCUGUAACCCCAGAAACCGCUUCCCCUGCCAAGAACGCUCUCAAAUCAGGUGGACUGGCCGGGCCGUUGAAGACCAACGUCAGUAACAACAACGGGCCUCCGGGACCGCAGGGGCCUAAGUCUCACGGACCGGAGCCGCCGAAGACCGACACAAUGACCAACCAACCCGCUGGUCUUCUGGGGCUCAUGGGCCGUGGUAGAGGGGGACGUGGCCAGCCUCUAUGGCCUGUAAGAGGGGAGGAGGACGGAGGUAGAGGAAGAGGGGAGGCGGACGGAGGGAUGAGGGGAGGGAGAGGACGAGGAGAGGCGGACGGAGGGAUGAGGGGAGGGAGAGGACGAGGGGAGGCGGAUGGAGGGAUGAGGGGAUUGAGAGGACGAGGAGAGGCGGACGGCGGGAUGAGGGGAGGGAGAGGGCGAGGGGAGGCAGGUGGAGGGAUGCGAGGUGGUCUAUGGGGACGUGGAGGGAAACAGUCGGGUAUCCCAGACUUCAGUACCAACACUAUCCCUCUGGGAGGUGGGAGGACGGACGACGACAUGGAGGGGGUUCCUUAUGACUACAGACCUCCACAUGAAGAGAUGCGAUCACAACAUGGAGGACCAGAGGAGGACUGGCAGGACUGGCAGCAGGACCCUUCCCUGGAGAAACCUGAAGGUCCUCCUCUGCCUGAAGAGGAGAUGUGGGUCCCUGAAGAGCACUACUACCCUCCAGAGGACUACUACGAAGACCCAGGGAGAGGAGGUCCCCCUAUGGGGAGAGGAGAGCCUGUAGAUGGGCACCACUGGGAGGAAGCAGACCCCCCACAUCCAAAGUACUGGGGAGAGGAAGGAGAUCCCUACUGGAUGGACCGGAGGCCCCCUCCUCAUGGCAUGAGAGGAGGCCCCCGAGCCCUGUUCCCCCCUGGGCGUGGUCGCCCCCCACGAGGCAGGCCCGGCUUCAUGCACCAGGGUGGUCCCAGACGCCCCCUUCCUCCUCCUCCUCACGGAGCCAUGGACCCCCAUGAACCUCUCGGAUCCCCCAUGGGGCCUGACGAUGACAUGGACCCUCUGGGACCCCCGCUGCAUCGGGACUACAACCCCAGAGGGCCCAUACACCACGAUAUGAUGGAGCGAGAUAUGAGGGGACGGCCUCCUCCACCUAGAGAGAUGAUGGACAGAGAUCUGAUGGGGCCUGGUGGUCAUCCUCCAUAUCACGACAUGGAGAUGGACCCUGGCUGGCCCCCGGGCCCCGGACGACCCCCCCACCUCGGCAGAGACGGGCCGAGAGGUCCCCCUCCGCCUCCCCAUGAGAUGAUGGAGCGGGGAGGGAUGAGGAGGCGUCCGUUGGGAUCUCGGGGCGCCCCAAUGGGCCGGGGCGUGAUGCGGCACCCACCUCGCUUACUCGACGACUUGGAGGGGUACCCCCAUGAGGGGUAUGGGGAGGGGUUUGGUGGUCCCGGUGAUGAUGGGUAUGGAAGAACGCUGCCGCCACGUGACUGGCCGGACCACCCCUCACAUGAGUACGACUGUGAGGAGGAGUAUUAUCCCCAGGAGCCUCCUCGUGUUGGGGUGUGGGACAGGGAGAGAGGAGGACCACUACCGGAGAGGGACUAUUCUCCCUACCCUUCCCGCGGUCCUCCACCUCCCCCAGACCGUUUCAGAGAUGACGAGUGGAACGAUGAGAGAGACCGAGACCGUCCUCCAUACUCCUACGAGGGAGACAGAGAACGUCCUCCAUACCCCUACGAGGGUGAAGAGCGUGGAAGAGGAGGAGAGCUUCGAAGUCGAGACUUCCCGGAUGACCCUUCGUACAGGCACGAUGAACGCCCCUACCCAUCCCCUGCUGAAUGGGAGAGACCCAGACCACCCCUUCCAGAGAGAAACUACCCCCCAGAUUUUGAGGACCAUAGGCCGCAUUACGACGGGCGACCCGAGCCCUCUAGAUCAGAUCAAGGUCUCCCUCCAUCCACCCUUUCUCAGGCCUCUGCUCCUCCCAGUACUGGACCAGACAGUUCUCAGGAACCAGCCUCACAGGGAACUGGACCGGGCAUACUGGCUCUGUCACAACGACAACAUGAGAUCAUCCUGAAAGCUGCCCAGGAGCUGAAGCUUAUCAGGUCUGUUUCUCUGGUACUGAACAGAGAAAUGCAGGAGAAUAAGACUGAGGGAGAGGCCCUACCCAUCACGUCUGACCCCAAGACGGAGCUCCCUGCUGGGCUACUGGGGCUGGAGAUCCCCCCUGAGGUCCGGAGUGCCCUCCAGGCAACCAACCUUAUGUCCAGCUUGGCUCCUACUAAAUUGACAUGGGGAGACACCAAGCCUCCAGAUACUGGUUACGUGUCCACGGCUCCUCCAGUCACCGCCAAGACUGUCGACUAUGGACAUGGACAUGACCUCGGUGCUGCCACGGUAGAGCGGAUCUCGUACGGUGAAAGGAUUGUGUUGAGACCCGAUCCCUUACCUGACAGAGAGAGAGAGAGGAGCUAUGAAAAAGAAUCCCUGGGCCCCCUGAGAGACCCUUACCACAGGGACCUGCACUACGACAGACGACCAGUGGGCCCCUACAUGGAGCGCAGGGAGUACAGCAGGGAGAGGGAGAUGUACAGAGAGAAAGCUCCCAUGGACUUUGAAAGAGAACCAUACGAGAGGGAACGCUAUCCGCCUCGAGAUGACAGACCACCCCCCGGCCAUCCUCCACCUCGCCCGGGCUUCAGGGAGAGGGACAUGAGGGAGGGCAGCCGGACCAGUAGAGAUGGAGAGGAGCCUUAUGGAAGGCCUGGGGGUUACGACAGACCUCCGUACGAGCGUGGGCCUGAACGUGGGCCUGAGCGCUUCGAUCAUGGUGCUUCACCAUACGGCGAACGGAGGAGUUACCCAGAGGAGAGAGGAGCAGGAGGCCCCACGUCGUCCCACCCUCCUCCCCCACCGGCUGCUCCUCCUUCCAGGAUCGAGAAGAAACCGGAGACCAAGAACGUGGAGGAUCUUCUCAAACUACCAGGCCGAGACACUCGUCCAGAAAGGAUCGUCAUCAUAAUGAGAGGCCUACCAGGAAGUGGUAAAAGUCAUGUGGCCAAGCUGAUACGGGACAAGGAGGUGGAGUGUGGAGGGGCUCCACCCAGAGUGCUGGGGUUAGACGACUACUUCAUGACAGAGGUGGAGAAGAUGGAGAAGGACCAAGAUACAGGGAAACGAGUCAAACUUAAGUGUCUGGAAUACGAGUACGAAGCGGAGAUGGAAGACACGUACAGGAACAGCAUGCUAAAAACAUUCAGGAAGACACUAGACGACGGCUUCUUCCCCUUCAUCAUCAUCGACGCUAUCAAUGACAGGGUUAAAUACUUUGAUCAGUUCUGGAGUGCUGCCAAGACUAAAGGCUUCGAGGUGUACUUGGCUGAAAUCUCGGCAGACUAUCAGACUUGCGCUAAAAGAAACGCCCACGGCCGGAAGAUGAGGGAUAUUCAAAAGAUGUCCAGUAACUGGGAGUCGUCACCACGUCACAUGAUGCGGUUGGAUGUCCGCUCCCUGCUUCAGGAUGCUGCUAUUGAGGAGGUUGAGAUGGAAGACUUCAAUCCUGAUGAUGAGUCGAUGAAGAAGCCCAAGAAGAAUAAGGAGGAGGAGGAAGAAGACGUUAAGGGUUACAUUCCACAAAGCAAAUGGGAGAUGGACACUUCUGAUGCGAAACUAGACAAGCUGGACGGCCUGGUGAUGGGGGGGAAGAGGAAGAGGGAGGGAGACGACUUUCAGCUAACGGACGACUACGCCACACGUCACUCUGAGCCUGGCAAGAAGAGGGUUCGCUGGGCUGACCUCGAAGAGCAGAAGGACGCAGAGCGCAAGCGUGAUAUCGGCUUUGUGGUGGGUCAAACAGACUGGGAGAAAAUCACCGACCAGAGCGGACAGAUAGCUCAGAGAGCUCUCAACCGCACUAAGUAUUUCUAGUAACAGAAGAUCAUUGCCCUCACCCUCUGCUUCCUGGUUUAUAGGUCUGCAGACUGAAUAUCACACACACUCUACAGGCCGGCAUUUAGGAAAUCCGCAGCUGUUUAUUCCAUUGUUAGAAUACAGGAUAUAGCUUUCUGUUGACAUUCAUUUAGAAUUAUGUGUAGUUUUUAUUUUCUUUCAUCCUAUGCUUUUCGAUUGGUAAGUUGUUUUUUUUGCACCAGUGUGUGCUUCUCAUUUUAUACUGUACGAGCUGUAACGUCUUACGUGUAUGUUAGCACUGUUGCUUAUUUUAAGAAAUAAACUAAAGAAAACAAUAAAAGGUUUCACACACACACAAAAAACAAGCAGGAGAGUCUCGUGUGAGUGGUCAUAUGGGCUACGUCAUGGAGAGUCUUCUGUGAGGUCUGUUUUCAUGUGAACCACAUUCAGUAGAACCUCAAAGAUACAAACCUAAUUUUAUGGUGAUAUAUAUAUUUUUCUGUCUCUUCUUUUUUUUUUCAAAGUUACGAACAUUUCAGUAUUUCAAAAACAGCCUCCGUUUCCCUCUGUGUUCGUAUCUCUAAGGUCCUACUGUGUUACAGGAAGUAUGUAGCCGAGGUUAGAGUGGCGGAACAGGAAGGUUCUUGGUUCAAGCCCCGAGCCUAGCGAGGAAGUGGACUGCUGGUGUCUGAGUCACUGGCUGCCAUUGUGCCCAUGAGCAAGGAACUCUCAAACUGCUACACGGAGGCUGCACUGUGUCUUACCCUUUGCCUCUCAGUGCAUGUGUGUGUCGGGGGGGGGGGUAACGCAAAAUGAAAUGAGUUUUCAGUACUCAAUCAAACCACAUAGUAUCACUGUCUUUAAUUUGAUUUUAAUUCAAAAAAUCUGUUACCUCAUUGCAUUUCACAUAAUUUAACCUCCUAAACUUUAAGAAAGUUCACACUCAUUGUUUCUUGCAACAAAUAAAAUAGUGAAUUGAAAGUCCAGUAUAUAUUUUGUGCCGUUUACAUGAUCUCAUAAAUAAAUAAACAACCCAUGACAGUCACGCAGAAUCACCUUGCUUGUGAAACAACCAAAAAUCUAAAAAGUUUCUGAUAAUGGUAAAUUCUACACUAUCAACUUGCUAACUGAGGCAAACGACGUGUUCCUAAUAUUGUAUGAAGAUGUCCUAAUAGGUAAAGAUGUCCUAAUAGGUAUCGAGCCAAAAAGAAAACUAAACCAUCAAUGGUCACCUCUCUCUUUUUUUUUUUUUUUACAGUAGGCUCUCGUCAGCAAUAUUCAAGCAUUACCGGGCCCUAACUCCACUACGGGGCUUUCUCCUUCUUCUGUAUUCUCGUCACAUGACUUUUAUUCCUAUUGCUAAUUGGACGGAAAUAAAUUCUUGACUACACAGAUAUAA